GUUUCCUUUUGGACUACAGUCUGAAGAUCCUCCUCUGAUUCUCAAGCAAUUCAGCUGUGGACCUCAUUUAAAAACUCUCCAUGGCCAAAGGAAAGAGAGCAGGUGGAGCCAAAGGUACGAAGAUCACUUUGAAAAUGGCUAAAAAUGCUCUUAAAGUAACUCCAGAUGGCAAACUACGACUUGAUCUGAGCAAUGUAGGCAUCGCCACAUUUCCCAAAUGCCUCCUAAAAUUAAGAAACAUUGAGGAACUUGACCUGAGCCGGAACAAAUUGAAAAUAAUCCCAGAAUUCAUUGGCCAACUCUCUGGACUGCGUUGGUUAGACCUUCACAGCAACCAAAUCGAACAACUGCCGGAAAGCAUUGGACUCCUGCGAUCUCUGGCCUACCUCAACCUCUGUAACAACAACCUGGACUCUGAUGGUUUAUCGCCUGAAAUAGGAAGUCUGAGAAACCUCCAGGUUCUCAACUUGGGUAUGAAUCGUCUAAACGCCCUACCUCCCACCUUGGCCACCCUGACAAACCUAACAGAGCUGGGAGUUUUUGAUAACUUGUUCACACGGAUGCCAGAAUGCAUAAACGUGUUGCCCAACCUGACAAAGCUGAACACCAAACGUAACCCUGUUUCCUAUACACAGCGAGACGGCAAAGACUCUGACUCUGUAAAGCCUACAGGAAAUCUGUUUUUGGUGAGAGAGGGAGAUUUGUGCCAUCCCUGCCUAGAGAGGUGCAGAAGGAAAAAGCUGCUUGACAGGUCACAAAGAAAGAGUAAUAUUUCAGGGCUGAUCUCGCCCAACUCUAUAGCUCGAGGUAAUCAAGAAAAUUGGCGGCAGCAGUCUACUACCUCACCUCCAAGUUUUCAAAAAGGACAAGCCAGACCUGCCGGAGAUAUCAACACAUUGUCUUUUAUGAAUAACCUUUAUGCAUAAUGACAUUCUACAUAAUGACUCAACAUUUAAAACUCCUCCUGUACUUUUAGGAAAUAAAUAGGUUUUGCAGGGGGUCCACCAAAUAUUGUUGGAUCUCAAGCUCAUUUACGUGGGAAUUUUUUUUUUUUUUAAAUGUAUGUCAAACACAAAACUACAACAAAAGUUAUCUUCAACUAAAGCUAAAAUUAUGAAGUUAAAGUUCAGCUAACUGUUUCAUUGUG